AUGAACGUUGCUUUACUUCAAAUUGCAGAAAAACCGGCAAUUAUUUAUUUAAUUUAUUUAUACGAAAAACAGAAAAAUAUAGAAAACUAUGGGGAUUAUUUUCAAAAAUAUGAGGAGGAUGAAAAGAUUCAAGUUAAGAUAAAAAUUGCAAUGGAAAUAAUAAAAAAGGAUGAAUAUUUUGAUGAAAACAAUUUUCUCGAUCAUGUUUAUAGUUUUAUUAAGGUUAUUUUUGAAUUUUGGAAUUUUUAAUAAAGGUACUUUUCCGUUAUACGACCGCA